AUGAGAGGAAACAAAGGACACAACCAAACUGUGAUCUCAGAGUUCCUCCUCCUGGGCCUGCCCAUCCCACCAGGGCACAAGCACCUGUUCUAUGCCCUGUUCCUGGCCAUGUACCUCACCACCGUCCUGGGGAACCUCAUCAUCAUUGUCCUCAUUGGACUGGACUCCCAUCUCCACACACCCAUGUAUUUGUUUCUCAGCAACUUGUCCUUCUCUGACCUCUGCUUUUCCUCUGUCACAGUGCCCAAAUUGUUGCAGAACAUGCAGAGCUCAGUAAUGUCCAUCCCCUACGCAGGAUGCCUGACACAAAUGUACUUUUUCUUGUUUUUUGCCGACCUUGAGAGCUUCCUCCUUGUGGCCAUGGCCUAUGAUCGCUAUGUGGCCAUAUGCUCCCCUCUGCACUACAGCAGCAUCAUGAGCCCUAGGCUCUGUGCCUGUCUGGUGGUGCUGUCCUGGGUGCUGACCACGUCACAUGCCAUGUUGCACACCUUGCUCUUAACCAGAUUGUCUUUCUGUGUGAACAAUGUGAUUCCGCACUUUUUCUGUGAUCUGUCUGCUCUGCUCAAGCUGGCCUGCUCUGACACUCGUGUUAAUGAACUGGUAGUAUUUAUCAUGGGAGGGCUUGUGGUUGUAAUUCCAUUCCUACUCAUUGUAGUGUCUUAUGCACGGAUUGUCUCCUCCAUUCUCAAGAUCCCUUCAACUCGAGGUAUCCACAAGGUCUUCUCCACCUGUGGCUCCCACCUGUCUGUGGUGUCACUGUUCUAUGGGACAAUAAUUGGUCUCUACUUAUGCCCAUCAGCUAAUAAUUCUACUGUGAAGGAGACUGUCAUGGGUAUGAUGUACACAGUGGUGACUCCCAUGCUGAACCCCUUCAUCUACAGCCUGAGGAACAGAGACAUGAAGGGAGCCCUGAUAAGAGUCCUUCAAAAGAAAAUUCUCUUCUGUCCAUGA